AUGUUAUUCCUUUUCUUAUUUUCCUAUUUCCACUCGAAAGAAUCCGUAUUGGCAUUCUCCCCUGUGGACUCUUCCAAGUCAAUAUUUACUCAGGAAGGAAUCGUUGUUUAUUCUGGCGAAAGAGUGUCCCUCCUCGCCCUCGGAAGUAACCUAACAUCAAAGAAAAUUUGGUUCACUGAGCACAAUCGGACAGUCCAGUCUGAAUGUACAGACUUUUCCGUCCAUUCCUCCCCAGAAGCCGGUCUUUGUUUCAGUUCUGAGAACUGUAUUGCUUUCUCUGUGGACACAUUCCGUCCAGAAACGACAUAUUUUGGGUGUCUAUGCGACAACCUGACACACAAGUGUACUCAUUUAGGCAGUUCUCCUAUGCUUACUAUUCUGGUGAGACAACAUGCCCCUGCUGUCUUUCCACUGUGGCUCAAAAUAAUGAUUGUGGUCAUUGGAUUCUUCUUUACUGGCCUGUUCAGUGGCCUUAAUCUUGGACUUAUGUCUUUGGGACUGACUGAAUUGCAGAUUAUCGAAGAUUCGGGGACUCCCACAGAACGGAAAUAUGCCCAGGCUAUCAAACCCAUUAGAAAACGUGGAAAUCUGCUUCUCUGUACAAUUCUGUUCGGAAAUGUGCUGGUCAACACGACAAUCACUAUUCUCCUUGACGAUAUUGUGGGGUCAGGGGCCAUAGCUGUUGUGGCUUCCACUCUGGGCAUCGUCAUUCUUGGGGAAAUCAUUCCUCAGGCUGUUUGUUCUCGGCACAGUCUGAAAGUUGGUGCCAAAACCAUAUGGAUCACCAUAUUCUUUAUUUUUGUGACUUUUCCACUCUCGUUUCCAAUUUCGUUCAUUCUGACCAAAUGUUUGGGGGAGGAAAUCGGUCAGACAUUUUCGCGGGAGAAGUUGAUAGCCCUGAUCAGGAUAACAGUCCAAAAGAACGACCCGAAGAGGAGUGAUGCGAUGAAUAUAAUCGCAGGGGCACUGGAAAUGUGCAAAAAGAACGUAAAGGACGUGAUGACACUGAUCGAUGACGUCUUCAUGCUGAACUAUGACUCUAUCCUCAACUUUGAGACAAUGUCGGGGAUAAUGCAGAAGGGGUUCACCAGGAUUCCCAUCUACCAGGACACCAAGAGCAACAUUGUGGCAAUCCUCAACGUGAAGGAUCUGACCUUCGUUGGGCCGGACGACUCGAUUCCUUUGCGGACAAUCUGCAACUUUUACCGUCGGACUAUAAUGAGUGUGUUGGAACAGAUAUCAUUGGAGACUAUGCUCAAGGACUUCCUAACAGGGCGGUCCCACAUGGCCAUUGUGAGGAGGGAGGUGGGUGUUGGGGAGUAUGAGGUGACUGGACUCAUCACCCUCGAGGAUAUUAUUGAAGAGAUCCUUCAGGCUGAAAUUGUGGACGAGACCGACUCGAUCAGUUGUGUUGCUGUCGAUAUAUUUGGGCCUAAAUUCAUUUCUGACUCCGUGCUUCGUCGGCUACUAAAACAGAGUCCUGUGGUCAAUCUGAAUGUCAUUUCUUCCCCCGACAUGUACACCGAUCCCGACUCUCGAUUUAUCUACCGCUUUAACGAGGCAGCGGAUUAUUUCGUGCUUCUCCUCCAAGGUCGGUGUAUAGUAUGUGUGGGCAAGGAGAAGCUCUUCUUCGACGCAGGAGCCUUUACGUAUUUCGGAAUCAAGGCCAUCAAAAGUCUCAUUUCUUGUCUACGUAUAGGCGAGAGGAUAUCUGUGUGCAAACGACGACGACCCACCGUGGAUAUGUUUCCCAUUCCGCUUAGAGAGUCGUUUAUUUCUGACUUUUCUCUGCAAGCCAUGACGGAUGUGCAGUACAUCAAAAUUACUGCUGCCGACUACACCAAUGCCUGUCGGGCUACUGCCCUCGAGAUGCAGAAUACUUGUGAUGCCCCCUUGCUUGAGUAUAUUGAAGAUUCCAAUUUAACAUCCUAA